CUGGCUGAACACUGAGUGCGCACCAACAUCCAGCCAUCCAUACAUCCUCACGCACAGGCUCACGCAUACUGUACGACCCUGUUCUGUGCAAAGUGGAAAUGGAGCUGAAAUAGGCGCAGCGCUCUGGAAUGCCUGCAGCACCUCCCGCUUUGGAUUUCUAAAUUUUAUGCGCACAAACUGACGCACGAGAGAAAAUGUGGAGCUAUACGAAGCUGCUGGCCUGUCUGCUGAUUCUGUGUAAAAAUGCGUCCUCACAGAGCAAGAUUUUCGGAGAGACCGAGCCUGUUCGCAUGACGUCAGAAGGUUCAGACUGCCGCUGUAAGUGCAUCAUGCGCCCUCUGAGCAAGGAUGCAUGUCUGCGCUUGAAGAGUGGCAGUGUACGCGUGGAGGACUUCUACACAGUGGAGACGGUCAGCUCUGGAUCAGACUGUAAGUGCUCGUGCACAGCCCCGCCAUCUUCCCUCAACCCCUGCGAGAACGAGUGGAAGAUGGAGAAGCUGAAGAAACAGGCCCCGGAGUUAUUAAAGCUCCAAUCGAUGGUGGACCUCCUCGAGGGAACGCUUUACAGCAUGGAUCUUUUAAAAGUCCACUCCUACAUCAAUAAGGUGGUGUCUCAGAUGAACACCCUGGAAGAGACAAUCAAGACAAACCUUACACGUGAGAAUGAAUUCGUCCGGGACAGCAUGUUGAGCCUCACCAACCAGUUUAAGAGAUACGAGAACUAUUCCAACAUCAUGAUGAGCAUCAAGAAGGAGAUCUCCAGCCUCAGCCUGCAGCUGCUGCAGAAAGACUCAACUGAGAGCAAAGCACAGGCUACAAAAACCAAGGAGGCUGUAAAAACACCCAACAAAAAGAGCCCUGCUGUUAAACCCCCUCCCAAACCUCCCAAAGAAAAGGUUGUCAAGCCCAAGAAAGAGGUCGUUAAACAUGGGAAGCUGGUGAAGCCUGAUCCUACAGUCAAAACCAAGGUGGUCGGCCACCAGCCUGGCGUGGUGAGGGGCAUCACCUACUACAAGGCCUCCAAAGCUGACGAGGAUGAGCACAGAGGAGAUUCUGCCAAAACAUACACAGUCCAUCACGUCACAGAAAACCAGUCUGAGGACAGAGAAGCUGAGCUAGUCCUUGAAACUGUCGAGUCCACGGUGGCUGAACCCACUGAAACCACAGCAGCUCCAACCACUACAACUACAACCACCACCACCACCACCACCACCAGCGGCACACCUUCCACCACCUCGGUACCCACUACUGUGUCCACUCAGAGUGCACCAGCAUCUGAAAGACCAGCUCCGACGAUCAUGCUAAUGCUCGACAACUCCAACAACAACAGCCGACCCAGUCUCCACAGAGCAGGAAAGAUCCUCAACUGUGAGGGGACUUUAGCAUCGAUUGAACUGCCAGAGAAGCAGCACAGUUAUGGGCGCAACGAGGGUGCCUGGAUGAAGGAUCCCCUGGCCAAGGAUUCCAAGAUCUACGUCACUAACUAUUACUAUGGCAACAACCUCGUGGAGUUCCGGAACCUGGACAACUUCAAACAAGGGCGCUGGAGCAACCUGUUCAAACUGCCUUACAACUGGAUCGGCACAGGUCACGUGGUUUACAGCGGAGCUUUCUACUAUAACCGGGCCUUCACCAAGAACAUCAUCAAGUACGACCUGAGGAUGCGCUACGUGGCAGCGUGGACGCAGCUGCACGAUGUCGUCUAUGAGGACACCACCCCCUGGAAGUGGAGGGGCCACUCCGACAUUGAUUUUGCAGUGGAUGAAAGUGGCCUGUGGGUAAUCUAUCCUUCUGUUGACUAUGACUACAAUGACCAAGAGGUGAUCGUCAUCAGUAAACUCGAUCCAGGAGACCUGUCCUUAAAAAAGGAAACCACCUACACAACGGGCCUCAAGAGGAACUCUUAUGGAAACUGCUUCAUUAUCUGUGGCGUUUUGUAUGCUGUCAAUGUGUACAACCAGAAAGAAGGGGAAGUGAGCUAUGCUUAUGACACCCACACCAACACUGAAGCCAUCCCACGCCUGCCCUUUACCAACGAGUACUCCUUCACCACCCAGAUUGACUACAACCCAAAGGAAAAGCUUUUGUACGCCUGGGACAAUGGCCACCAGGUCACAUAUCAGGUGAGCUUUGUUGACGAGUGAGUGUAGUUAGUUUGUAGACAGUAGACUCGCCUGCGUGGCACCUAAACGGAAAGAAGAUUCUUAGUAUUCGACAGCCUAGAAGCAGCCAUACUGGACUCAACGGGACAAAGGACGAACCAGCCUUCCAGUACGAUGCACGCUAUUCAAACAGCAGACCUCAAAGUGUACCAAGAAGCACAUCUGCCUCCAACAUGUAUUGGGAUAUGACUGUACAAUAUGUUAAUAGCAAGGACAGGGAACAGUGGAAAUAAUCUCACUAGUUCAGUUAAAGUUGACAAGAAGCUCAGAGAUGUUCACUCAAAUGUCAGCAGGCUGGCAGGCUUUACUCCAGAGAACGUUUAAAAUAGACAGCUUUGUUUGUUUCUACAUCACACUGCUUCAAACUCAUGUUGAAGCAGUGUGCAUGUGCUGUGCAAGUCAUUCCUCCAGUUUAUUGGCCGAAUUCUCCACUCCUAACUCGAUUACACUGUCAAAGGUGGAAGAACAUUCCUCUUGUUUUGCAUGACUCAUAUUAACUUUGGCUAAACUUUUGUGAGGCAGUGCCAACCUACUAACCGUGCUUUUCAACAGUUCACAAUGAAGGACGCUAUCAUAAUAGAUUAGCUUAGCUUUAGUCAUAAAUGUCUCUUUAUAAAUCUUAGUAUAACCUGCUCUUAAAAGCAGGCGUAGUAUUUAUGGUGUUAUAUAGUCAGUUACAUAAGUGCAGCGCGUCUCUUAGAAAACUCCAAGUAAUGUCCUGAUAUUAUUCCGGAGAUCAUUUCGGCAUGUUUUAGAAGCAGAAUAGGAACCUGUGGCGGGACCUCACAGAGAGGAGGGCCCAGUGACACUUGUAGCAUAAAGAAUAAAAUAGUUUGGCCUUCAUCGGUGCCACAAGUCCAACCUGGUUAGGUAUUAACUUGCUAUCUAUGGUAAUUCACCAGUUAGCCAACAACAGAUGUGCUGAU